AAGGCGGAUUAAUGCUGGCAAGACAUUAAAUCCAAGCUCCCCUCCAUCCAGGCGCGGUCAACCUGAUGUGAGGAUCGAAAAUAGGAGGGCUUAUAAGUCACCCCACCACACUCCCAUGACGGGGGGGCAGCGUGGCGGCGGCGCGGUCGUCGGGGGGAGCGCACGGCACACACAGCGGGACGCACAAGGAAGGCAGCGAGCGGAGCGCGCACACAAAGAGACAGUUGGCGCGGCAGGAUGCGCUCGUAUUGUGACGCUCUGCUCAGACUCUCUUUUUUGGGGGAAGUAGGAAAUUAAGCCCCCGCCCCACUCGCCGACACCACCAACCCUUCUUUUUUUUUACACAUAUAUAUUUUUUGGGAAGGACUGGACCACCACUUGUGCCCUCUUCUGCUCCUCCGGAUGCUCAGAAAUGGGGGAAUGGACUAUACUAGAGAGGCUCCUGGAGGCUGCUGUCCAGCAGCACUCUACUAUGAUAGGAAGGUAAGGUGACCCAAACGGAGAAGACAAGAGACGCAGCAGCCUCCAGGAUCGUCUUUAGCAUGGUCCCGAGUCCCCCAGCUUCUGUCUUGUGCCUACAGGAUCUUGUCUCCCCCUCCUCUCCUUAUUGGGUGUCUGUGUUGUCUGUGGAUUUCCUUUUAGAUUUUAGAUAUCCCCCCACCCCCACUCACUGUAACCUAACCUUAACUAGUCUUCUGGAUGCUGUUGUUGCUUUGUGGUGUCUGUGUCCACUCAUAAACCACACAUGUCAUUCACAUAGAACACAACAGGGCAAAAGACGGAUCCUACUGACAGUGGUGGUGAUCUUCCGGAUCCUGAUCGUGGCCAUCGUGGGGGAGACAGUGUACGAUGAUGAGCAGACCAUGUUCGUGUGCAACACCCUGCAGCCGGGCUGCAACCAGGCGUGCUACGACAAGGCUUUCCCCAUCUCGCACAUCCGCUACUGGGUCUUCCAGAUCAUCAUGGUGUGCACGCCCAGCCUGUGCUUCAUCACCUACUCGGUGCACCAGUCGGCAAAGCAGAAGGAGCGUCGCUACUCCACCGUCUACCUGACCCUGGACAAGGAGCAGGACUCGCUGAAACGUGACGAGGGCAAGAAGAUCAAGAACACCAUUGUCAAUGGUGUGGUCCUGCAGAACACAGAGAACUCCACCAAGGAGGCCGAGCCGGACUGCCUGGAGGUCAAGGAGAUCCCCAACUCGGCCGCCGCCAGAACUACCAAGUCAAAAAUGAGGCGCCAGGAGGGCAUUUCCCGCUUCUACAUCAUCCAGGUGGUGUUCCGCAACGCGCUGGAGAUAGGCUUCCUGGUGGGCCAGUACUUCCUCUACGGCUUCAACGUACCCUCCGUGUACGAGUGUGACCGCUACCCGUGCAUCAAGGACGUUGAGUGCUACGUCUCCCGGCCCACGGAGAAGACCGUGUUCCUGGUCUUCAUGUUCGCUGUCAGCGGCUUUUGCGUGGUGCUCAACCUGGCCGAACUCAACCAUUUGGGCUGGAGGAAAAUCAAGACGGCCGUGCGAGGGGUGCAGGCCCGCCGGAAGUCCAUCUACGAGAUCCGGAACAAGGACCUGCCCAGGAUGAGCGUACCCAAUUUUGGGCGCACACAGUCCAGCGACUCGGCUUACGUCUAGGAGAGGAACUUUGGAGGCACGCCUAAAAAAAAAAAAAAAUCCAUGACUUUUUCCAACAGUGGGCAAGUUUUAUUUCCCUUUGCUUUCAAUCUUUUGGGUUCUGAAGGACUCCAGCAGGCGUGUGCUCACUUAUUUAUUAUGAUUUCUAUGAUUAUGACUGCACUGAUGCAACUUUUUAGUAACGUUUCUACGUAAGAGGAACCACAUGCUCGCUGAACACUUCAUAAGGAACGCCUGCCUUUGCAACGCUGAUUUUGAGGUAUUCAUGUAACAACAUGCUUAUUAUUGUGCUUGUUUGGUGCAGGAUUGCCAAAUCAAGUCAAGCAAAAUAUUACAAAUAACAUUUCUACACCACUUCAAAGUACAAAACUGUUAAAUGAAUACCUCAAAAUUAGCACAGGGGUACCUAAUGUUGUGGCCGGUGAGUUCAGCUGGACUAGAAAGGGAGGAAAAUGCAAAAAAAAAAAAAAAUGCACUAUCCAAUAUGUGCUUCUAUGACCUAAAGACAUGCUUCUAUUUCCACCUGUAGUUAAAUGGCACCAUAAAAAGGACAUCCGGAUUUAUAAAUAUAUAUAUAUAUAUAUAUAUAUAUAUACAUAUAUGGUUCACAUACAUCAUGGAUUUUGUUGCCUGUGUCACACCACUUGACCUUAAACAUAACAUGUAAGUAACCGUUCCAUCGCUUUCUAUCAAGCAGCAAAACGCUAACGUCUGUGACACUUCAAAAUAUUUUUAGGACACACCAAAGCGCCCACGGCUUUUUUUUUUUUUUUUUUUAAUAUGAUUUGUCAAGUUGCUUCUUUUCUUUGUUGUCUGUGUAAUCAAGUGCCAUACUUGUAUAUAGACAUAAUAUAAAUGUAUACAUAUAUAAAUAUUUAAAUAAAGAAAUAAAGUAAUAUAUAUAUAUAUAUAUGUAUAUGCAUAUAUAUAUAUAUAUAUACACAUAUAUAUAUAUAAUCAUCAUGGAGAAGCUUAUUUCCCUGCUUGGAUACCCAUUUCUUUUUUAAAAUAAUAAAAAAUGUAUUCAAUGUAUUAGUGAUUGCAACUGGAAUUUGUUUUUUUUAAUACAAGAAUAGAAAAGCUUCCCCACAAUUAAGAGCUCAAAAUAUGAACUAUAGCACAAAUGAUGUUUUUAAUCAAAGAAAGUAUGAUUAAAAAUCUGCUUUGGUGCUACAGUUUUUUUUUUUUUUUUCAAAAAUGGUUUUAAAAUGUAACCCCCCCCCCCCCAAAAAAAAACACAAUCUAGGAUGAAAG